GCCAUCCAUCACCGCCAAAAAAUCGCGUUUUGCCUGGUCUUUGCAGAGCUUUCGCAUCAAAGAUGCUCACCAGCCUUGGACAGCCAAUUCCAAUUCCCAUUCUGCAUAGCCUCAAUCUUUUCCAGCACUGCAAGGAACGAGACUUACGGCAAUAUGGCAGGCUUCACAGGAAAAAAGAGGUCAAGAGACGAGAAGCCCAGGCUGCCCAAGGGCCGGCCGGCCAAGAAACCGAGGAAGCAGCGCGAGUACCACAGCUCCUCCGAGGACGACGAGGAGGAGGAGGGGCCCGGGGGUGGCCAGGACUUCGCGGCGGUGAACCUCCUCGACUCGGACGCGGAGGACCUGGACAACAUGGCCGUCGACGACGGGGAGUCCUCGGGCGGGGACGAUUCCUCCUCGGACGGGGAGGGCUCGAGCAGGGAAGAAGGCGCAAGAGUGAGGAGUAAAGCCACAAAGCCGACAAAGACGCAAGCGGCAAAGAAGGCGCAGGCGAGGAAAGCCAAGAGCGGCGGGGGCGACGGCGACAGCGAAGGCGACUCGGACGGCGGCAACAACAACAACAACGACAACAAUAACGACAAUACCGACGACGACCCGGAAGGCGCCUCGGACUCGGACUCGGACGGCUCAGGCGCGGCGGCGGCGGCGGGCAGCAGGCGCGGCGGUGGCGGCGGCAAGAAGCAGUCGAAGCGCAACGACCCGGCGGCGUUCGCAACGUCCAUGUCCAAGAUCCUGUCGACCAAGCUGAGCACCUCGCGGCGGGCGGACCCGGUGCUGGCGCGCAGCGCCGAGGCGCACGAGGCGGCGCGGCUGGCCGUCGACUCGGCGCUCGAGGCCAAGGCGCAUCGCAAGAUGGCGGAGCAGCGGCGCCUCGCGCUCGACAAGGGCCGGGUGCGGGACGUGCUCGUCGCCACCAACAAUAACAACGGCGACGGUGGGGUGGAGGAGAAGAAGGAUGGUGGGGAUGGGGACGAGCGGCGACAGGCGACGGCGACGGCGACGACGACGACGUCGGAGAUGCUCGAGGCCGAAAAGAGGCUGCGCAAGGUGGCGCAGAGGGGUGUCAUCAAGCUGUUCAACGCCGUGCGGGCGACGCAGGUCAAGGCGGCCGACGCGCAGCGCGCGGUGCGGGCGGAUGGCGUCGUGGGCAUGAACAGGCGCGAGGAGAAGGUGACGGAGAUGACCAAGAAGGGCUUCCUGGACCUCAUCGCCGCUGGGGGCGGUGGGCUCAAGAAGGGGCCGCUGGAGGAGGCAUGAAGGCCUCGAGGAUCCUUCUUUUUUCAUGAACUCACCGGCUCAUCGAGUCGCUCAAUGCCAUAAUGUCUUGUAGAGCCGAAUAAGAGCAGAGACUGUUGGCCUCAAUUCCGCGAGCCCGUUAUGCAGGGCCGUGCGGUCAUAUUCUAUGUAUAUGACACAGCGACGCCGUCUACGGCCAUGUCCAGAACCAGCCCAUACCUACUUUUUUCCUUUCCCGGAAUUACCCGCUGAAUGCUUGAUGGUAUCGUG